CUCAUCACAAUCGAGAUCGGAAACCACACCUAUUUGUGGCCUUACAAUCAAGUCGCCCGGCAGCUACCACGAAAGAUCUAUUACUUGGCCCAGCCUACCACCUUCGUCAUGUCAUUUCUCUUCGGCCGGGCUCGGACAAGGCCUGCCGUUGACCUACCCAAACAAGCCAGAGACCACGUAACGAAGCUCGAAGGUCCAAAUGGCGCCGCCAAGGCCGAAGAGCUUGCAAAAGUCCUAAACCAGAUGAAGUUUAUCUUACAAGGAACCCAUGAGUCCGAUAGUAGCCCGGAACAGAUAUACCAACUGGUCACUGGCUUGAUUGAAGAAGAUCUGCUCUACUUGCUGGCAGUGAACCUAUGGCGUCUGCCCUUCGAGUCCAGAAAAGAUACCCAGGUUAUUUUCUCCUACGUUUUCCGCUUCCGCCCGCCUACAGCGUCUCCGAAAAGCGAUCCUCUAGCUCUGUCUUAUGUCGUCAACAAUCGCCCACAAGUCCUCCUCGAACUGUGCCGCGGCUACGAACACAAAGAGAGUGCAACGCCUGCCGGCUCUGUACUUCGAGAAGUUCUCAAGUCGGAGGCUGCUGCCGCCAUCAUUCUCUACGACGACAAUGAGGAGUCUGGGUCCAGCAACAAGGGCAUCAACUUGAUUGACAGGGACCGGCGACAGAGCGGCGAGGGCGUCUUUUGGAGAUUUUUUGACUGGGUCGACAAGAGCUCCUUUGAAGUAGCCGCGGACGCAUUCACCACAUUCAGGGAACUUCUCACAAAACACAAGGAGCUGGUGCCGAGAUACCUCUCUGUAAACUUUGACCUAUUCUUCGACAAGUACAACAACAUACUUGUGCAGUCAAACAGCUACGUUACCAAGCGACAGUCCAUCAAGCUUUUGGGUGAAAUCCUGCUGGACCGGUCGAAUUAUAGCGUCAUGACGGCUUAUGUUGACCGUGGAGAGCACCUCAAGAUCUGCAUGAAUCUUUUGAGAGAUGAUCGCAAGAUGGUGCAGUACGAGGGCUUUCAUGUUUUCAAAGUCUUUGUGGCCAACCCCCAUAAAUCCAUUGCGGUCCAAAAGAUCCUGCUCAUGAACCGGGAAAAAUUGCUUACAUUCCUUUCUCACUUCUUGGAGGAUCGAACUGAUGACGAGCAAUUCAUCGAUGAGAGAGAAUUCUUGAUCAAGCAGAUCAGGAAUAUGCCAUCGAACCCAGUGCCGCCUCAGAGACAUGGCAUGCCAGGCGGUGGUUAGGUCGCCGCCAGGCAAACGGGUUAUAUUGCCUCAGGGCCUAAUUGUAAUGCAAUAGGCAUAUGACUUGCGUUACCGAGUCCUCUUCAUUGAACGGGCCUACAUUGCAUUCGUCGUUGGGUUGUUAUUAGCAGUGGUAUGGAAGGGUUGGGAGAUGCAACGUUGGGAUCUG